AUGGAUCCGACUCUUACCUCGGCUAUUCGUCAAAAAGUUUCGGAUCUGAUGGAUGCCUCUUCUGAAUUUGAAUCAUCUAAUUCCGAUGAUCUCAUCAAUCAAAUCGAACGAGGAUGCACCUGUUAUGGAAUGUUCUCAAAUGCCAUUCUCCUUCCAAUGAUAUUAUAUCGAUCUCCAUCUGAUAUCGGAGUCUACAAAUUCCUCAUGAUGUACAUUGCUGUCUUCGAAUUGUUUUUCGGAUGGUUGGAGUUAAUGACAGUACCCCAAUUGUUCACUCAAGGAUCUGCUUUCAUUGUGACAAUUGAUCCUGAUAACGCAGUUCUUCCGGAUAGUGCAUUGCAGAUUUCUAUAUUAAUCUACUGUGGAUCUUUUGCUACCUCUCUUGCCAUCUUUGGAGUCCAGUUCGCAUAUCGUUACCAGGUUCUCCAAGGUAACACCACAUGGACUGCUUACAGUCUUGCCAACUUUACUUUUUGGGGCGGAAUCCCUCUGCUUGUUGCAAUGCUUUGGACACUAUCUUGUUGGAUAUUUUUGGGGAGGAAUGAGUAUGUGGAUAUGGUUAUGAGACAAGAUUAUUUUCCAAGCAAUUUGGAGAACAAAACCAUUGGUUUUGUGGGAAUCUACUUCUACCCAAAACUAGAGAACGGAAUGACCGUAAUAAAUUUGAAUUCUUUCAUUGGGAUGGCUCUUUGCACUUGCAUUCUGUUUGGCUCGGAAACUCUCAUGGUUUACUACGCAGUAAGAUCUUACUUGAUCACAAAAACACUAAUGGCGUCUACUUGCUCUCCAAACUUUCGGAAACUUCAAUGGCAACUUUUCUAUGCUUUAGUUUUUCAAACAGUCAUUCCAAUACUUUUUAUGCAAAUCCCUUUGUCCGUCCUUUAUUUGACAUUGUUUCUGAAUAUCUCCACUCCAUUUUUCGGAAAACUUCAGGCGACCACUAUUUCUUUUUACCUGGCAACAGAUGCACUCCCAACAAUCUUCAUCAUCAAACCUUAUCGGGAGACAGUUUUUGUUGUGGUCAACUCGUUUGUUUUGAAACAGGAGCAGUAUCCUGCUGGUGGUGAUAAUAGUCAUGGAGGAGCUGGUGGAGCUGAUGGCUCUGGAGGAGGUUGUGGUCAACCUGGACAACCGGGAGAAGAUGGAAAACCUGGACAAGGAGGUCGAGGUGGAGACGGUGGAAGAGGUGGCGACGGUGGUGCUGGAAGACAUUGCGGUAACGGAGGAAAUGGAGGAAAUGGAGGCAAUGGAGGCAAUGGAGGAAAUGGAGGCAAUGGAGGCGACGGAGGGAAUGGAGGACAUGGAGGAUAUGAAACUGUUGACGUGAAUUAUGCCAAAAGUGCCGGUGAUGGAGGAAACGGCGGAAACGGUGGCAACGGAGGAUCUGGUGGAGGUGAAAAUUUCAUUUUUGCCGAGAAUCCCGGUAAUGGUGGUAACGGAGGACACGGCAGAAACGGUGGCCCAGGAGGAAAUGGUGGACAUGGAGGGAACGGAGGAAAUGGAGGUAACGGUGGCAACGGAGGAGUUGGUGGACAUGGAGGAGAAGGAGGAAAAGGUGGACCAGGAGGUGUUGGUGGACAUGCAGGACACGAUGGUCAUGAUGGAAAAGAAGGGAAAUAA